AUGGAGCCUGGUGAGAGUGGGGGGGACUCACACUCUGCCCUCCCCUUCCCCAGGUACAAGACGGUGGUGACUCCCCGGAGGGCGGCGGUGGCCAUCGCCGGCUGCUGGAUCCUCUCCUUCGUGGUGGGCCUGACACCCCUGUUCGGCUGGAACAAGCUGGGGGAGGUGGAGCGGGCCUGGGCGGCCAACGGCAGCGAGGGUGAGCCCGUGAUUGAGUGCGAGUUUGAGAGGGUCAUCAGCAUGGAGUACAUGGUCUACUUCAACUUCUUCGUCUGGGUGCUGCCCCCACUGCUGCUCAUGGUCCUUAUCUACCUGGAGGUCUUCUACCUGAUCCGCAAACAGCUCAACAAGAAGGUGUCGGCCUCCUCUGGCGACCCACAGAAGUACUAUGGGAAGGAGCUGAAGAUCGCCAAGUCGCUGGCCCUCAUCCUCUUCCUCUUCGCCCUCAGCUGGCUGCCCCUGCACAUCCUUAAUUGCAUCACCCUCUUCUGCCCUUCCUGCCGGAAGCCCAGCAUCCUCAUCUACGUCGCCAUCUUCCUCACACAUGGCAACUCAGCCAUGAACCCCAUCGUCUAUGCCUUCCGCAUCCAGAAGUUCCGGGUCACCUUCCUUAAGAUUUGGAAUGACCAUUUCCGCUGUCGGCCCGCACCCCCUGUUGAUGAGGACCCCCCGGAAGAAGGGCCCCAAGACUAG